UUGGAUUUGGGAAAUAUUUAUUUUGUAAACCAUGAGUUCGUCUGAAAGCCAGUCGCAAACUUCAGCGGAGGGCUCAGCUCAAGAUGUUCGGAUCUUGUGUUUGCAAAACCUGAUUGAGAAGAACAUUGAGAUAGAGCAACAGAUUGAAAGCAAGACAUUUGACCAAUCCAUCACGGCAAUCGAAGAAAUCAUUCGAACAGCGAACGAUAUAAACAAGGGUCAUGAAGACCCGCGUACAAACUCCACGGAACUUGUUCUGGACACUGAAUUGUUAACACGCAAUCACGAAGUUGUGGGCAAAGCUAUACAGUACAACACUAUUUUUACUGACAGGAUGGUGAUCACGGCGAUCAAUGAAUUUGUUUUCAAAGAACAAGAAGAGGAUUGGGACGCUGUCUGCGCACUGGCUGUUCAAUUUGGGAGACCGCUCUUCUCGAAUGAUAGUAUGCUUCCCUUCAUAGAUGUUGCUCCAAAGAAAGUCAUUCCCAAACAGCGGGCUCAGCGCAAACAAAAAUCUCAAGUGGAGGAAAAGCGUCCAACUAAAAGUGAUAAAUUGGACCGCAACGACAAAGGAGCAGCCUCCGUUACCUACAUGUUAAAACAAAUCAGGCAAAUAUAUAGAGAGGGAGGUCAUCAGCCGAUACCGUAUUUCAAAUUAAAUUGUAAUCCGAAUAACUUCAUGGACAAAAGAAAAGAUAAAAGAUAUUCUUCGGCUCCAUUUAACAUCUCCCUCCUUUUCGAGUUCGUCGUCAAGCUUUGGCAGUCCCAAAGGACGUCCAGCCUCCAAAUCAUCGGACAAGCCAUCCCGCGAUUCAAAACUUCGUUACCCUACUUCAACAGCGGAAGUAGCUUCACCUCUAGCUCCGAAACCCUGGAAACUUAUUAUGACUCCACAGAUGAUUACCUUUACUUUACAAUGCAGCCACCAGUGAACACCGUGCCAACUAUAAAAACAUAG